AUGAUCUGCCCUCGAUGGACACCUCGAGCGACAGCGACACUCGCUAACAUUGGCGGCAGCUCGAGGCAAGGCUCCUCUCGCCAUAUUCUUCAUCCAUGCAAGGAUUCAAGGCCAAGGCGCGGCUUCAACACGAACGGAGGGGGCGACGGCGAUGGUCGCGAACCGCCGAACUCCUUGAAUAACGCUCAGCCAGCGUCUCCUCUCCGGACAGCUGCGUCUACAACUGGACCGACCUCCACUCCACAGCCGAGACGGCAAACAUGGACAACACCAGCGACAUCUGCGGCUGACGCUGCCGGCCAGGGUCGGCGGCUGCGCAAUAAACCAAACACUGGCGAAGCUCGACGACCUUGGGUUAGCAGAAGAGAUAGAGGCAGCAAAGGCGUGGAAGAGGAACCUGACGUUACACCUCUCCAGGAGUGGCCGCAGCUGCAGAGAAGACAACGAGGCGUCGCAGUUCCAAAGAACCCUUUCUCUCCACGACAGAACAUACAAAACCCGCGAGGCACCACAGACUCGUCGCUCGUCAUGCUCAUAAUAGACGGCCUGUCACCCAACCUCAACGCCACAGACUUUUACCGCAUAGCGCCAAACGAUUUGUCAAAUUGGCAGAGCGCCAUCAAGAAAGUCCAGCAGCAACGCAAGGUAGACACCCUCGAACCUCUGGGCCGCUACUGGGUCACCUUUAGCACAGGCCAGGCCGCCGCUUCGUACCGUGAUAGACUUGUUCGCCUGCACAAGCUCAACAGCUUCAAGCUCCGGUCUGCGAGCGGCUUGUGGGAAAGCAGCGUUCCGUCGUCCCUGAAAGUUUCUCUCGCCUCUCCACCUGCAGGACCAGCAGCAGCAGCAGCAGCUGAAACCAGCGAUGCCGUCAUCUCAGACACACCUGGCACAGAAACCCUAGUCGACCUCGUCAACACUUUUACCAUCGCGCCAGGCUCUCAAGCUAUCCUUCCAAUGCAGCGCAAAAAAGUUUUUCUUCAGCGGCCGUGGGCGAAACGUCUAGCUGGGCUAGUCGAAAACCUCGGAUAUGGGGAGCGGCCUUGGACAUUGAUGGUGGACAUUUAUCCCCCUACCUUGACUGCCCAAGAGCUGCAUCAGUUCAUCCGCCGAGACGGGCAAAACCGAGGACUCCGGUGGCAAGUCUCCAUGCCUCAGCACCUCAAGACGAGCAGCUCGGAACAGGGGCCAGCGAAGAUGAAUGUCAAGGGAAGGGCCAGCGAGGAAAACGAGAUGAACGAGCAGGAGGAGGAAUCGGACAAGCAGCACAAUCCAUUCUUUUGGCGCAAUGACCGCGAGACGUUGGAAAAGCUCAAGGGCACGGCGGUUUCGGCAGAGCUGGAAUCAUAG